GGAAAGCCUGAGGUGGUUCCUGUUCCCUCAGAUAUUAGUGCGGUUCAGGGACUACCCACAGAGAGUGAAGAGGGUGAGGUUCAGCUAGAAUCCAAAGAGGAGGAUCAAGGUGAAGGGUAUGCUUCAGAGAUGGAAGACCAGCCCCCUUCAGGAGACUGUGAUGAUGGCUUCAGCAUUCAGGAAACUCCCCUUGUGGAUAUCCUCCUCAGUCAUGCAAACUCCUCCAAACUGACUGAUCUAAGUCAAGGUGACCCUGUUCAGGAUCAUUUGCUAUUUAAAAAAACUCUUUUGCCCGUCUGGAAGAUGAUUGCCAGUCACAGGUUCAGCAGUCCAUUUUUGAAGCCUGUGUCAGAAAGGCAGGCCCCAGGAUACAAGGAUGUGGUGAAAAGACCCAUGGACUUAACUAGCCUGAAGAGGAAUCUGUCUAAGGGGCGGAUUCGUACCAUGGCCCAAUUCCAGCGGGAUCUGAUGCUGAUGUUCCAAAAUGCUGUGAUGUACAAUGACUCUGAUCAUCAUGUAUAUCAUAUGGCUGUGGAGAUGCAGCGUGAAGUCUUGGAACAAAUUCAGGUGCUGAGUAUUUGUUUAGACAAGAGAAGAGACUUAAGUAAUCUGGAAUGAGUGCCAGCCAACCCAGUGGAUGAUGGAAAUCUGUUUUGUUAACCUGGAGCUGCUAUCCUGACCCUUUCUGGAGUUUGGACCUCUCUUUGAGACUCUGACCAGAGAUCUCAGGGCUUGUUUUCCACUUCUCUGUUGUCUUUUCUAAUAAGAGUAAUGCUUUUAUCUAACAACCAUGGAGUCCACACUGUCUUUGGGUCUAAUAUUUUUAAAAGGGGGGGGGGAGUGUUGAGAUUUGGAUUUAUGCCAUAAAUGUUGCACAUAUUUUUGUU